AUGGUCUCCGACAAUAUUGACCCGACACUCGCUCGAGGCUUGGGACUGGAAUCGGGCUUGCUUCCUAGGAUUCGCGUUGAAGAUCUUGGUGUGCGUCGGUUCGCUGUUGUCCGCGGAUUUGAGAUCGGCGUGAUGGAUAAACUCGAUGCUGUACUCAGUACAUGGGCGAUCCCGGGUGCUCGUGUGUACGAACUGGACGAUUAUCCCACCGCAUAUCGUAGGUUCAAGGAGGAAUUCGGAAUAGGUAACAGAGUGGCACUGCUUGGUACGGAUACGGCGGAAAGCCGCGAGGUUCUAAUAUCCCAGUUGCGCGCCUCCAUCAUGUCAGCAAUGCCUCGUGCAGGGGAGUCUCAGCCUCUUGCUCAGGUACCGCCCACGCACGACGGAGGGCCUCCUUCGACACCCUUAUCGCCGCGUGUGCAAGGCGGAGCUCGCGGCACCGCGCGCCAAGUCGCUCAUGAUUUGCGUACCCAGCGUGACGACCACUCCGCCGGUUUCAUGCCUUCGAGCCCCGUCUCGCCGCUGCGUGCACAUCUUAGGCGAGGCGAGAGUCCCGUUGAAUCGCCACCACGCACUCCAUCCCCUGCAGAGGAUGCUCCUCCCGAGGUACAGCCGGAUCAUCUUGCGCCCUGGUCAAGUCCAGCCCCCACGCGUCCCCGAUUUGCCCCACCAGGCUGGGCUCCGCCUAACGCGUACACGCCUCCCGUGCAUCGCGGAGUCAAUUUCAGACCCGCGGUUCCUAUCAUUGAUCAAAUCACGCAUCCUGGAAGCAAGAAGGCUUGGUACGUUGCACACAAGAGUCGCCGUCCGGGUAUAUACAAGACUUGGCAGGACGCGAAGAACGCUAGUCCAGGGGCGCUGCCGUACGCCCCCGGCUUUAUGAAGUAUGCGGAGGCUCUUGCGAAGUGGGUGGAGUUCCGGGAGGCCGGCGAGAUCGUUGUGUACCAGUAG